UUUGUUUUGUAUUAUACUUAGAUGAGUGGUGGAAGUUGUUUGGAUCUUAUGCUCCAAACUUACAAAAGUUUGCAAUUUAGAUCCUUAGUCAAACUGCUGCCUCUUUGGGAUGUGAGUAGAAGUGGAGUGUUUUUUUAAGAAAUACAUACCAAAAGGAGAAAUAGAUUGAAGCAUCAACAACUUAAUGAUCUUAUGUAUGCUCAUUAUAACUACCGAUUGAAAGAAAGAGUCAAAAGGAAGAAGUUCAAUUUUGAUCCUAUUGAUUAUGCAAGUAUCAAUAAAAUUGAAUUUUGGGUAGUAGAAGAUGAGGAACCUCCAUUUCUUAAUCAUAAGGAGUUAGAGAAUGCAUUAUAUGAAGAGGGAGCAUAUCCAAUUGAAGAAGGGUCUUCUAGCCAUGUACAAGGAGAUAUGGACAAUGAAGUGAUUGAGGAUGAUGACAUUAAUUUGGAAUCAUUUGGUGAUGAACGUGAUGCUCCUCCCAAAUUUAGAGAUAAAAAUCAUCCUAUUGAAGUUGAAGAUGAAGAUGAAGAAAAUGAGGAUGAGGAUGAUAAUAAUGAUGCUAGUGGUGGUGGAGCAUUUGGUUCACAUGAUGAUAUUAAUUUCAAUUAUCUUUAUGACAAUUGAGGCUUGUUUUGUUAUCAAAUGAACCUUAAAACUUAGUAGUUCUUUGUUUGAAACAUUUUUGGUUAGUUGGAUGUAAUGAACUUAUAUAUUUAGUUCUCUAUUUGAAACUUAUUUACUAUU